AUGGCCGCAACACCCCCUUCUCGAUACAACAGACUGACAAUCGAAAUCGAACACUGCGUCGACUGCGAAGAUCACCUUCACUGCACGCAUCACGACAGCCGCAAAUACGAAGAGUACGCAAGGCACGUCCAAGAAACCAUAGCGGAGGUGGUAGACGAGCAUUUUGUGUUUCUGGUCAAUCCUCCGCCAGACGUCGGGCGACGCGGCGAAUACCGAUUCCUCGAAGAUCAGUUCUGCAGCCACUUCUACGUGGUCAGGGAUGCCGCCGGCCUAGUGCUGCGGCGCUUCCGGUAUCCGCAACUUGGGGCCUUCGAGGUGUAUCUUCACAACCCGUUCACGAAUCAGAAGCUGGCCCUCUCUCCGGACGCGCCAGCCUCGCCCGUCAGCGACAGCUCGCCGGCGGCUGGGCCGGAGGAGCACAUCACGGUGUCGCUUGCAGAGCAGGGAUCGCAGGGCUCAGACAAAAGAAAGAAGAAGAAGAAGGACGACAAGAGAGACGAGCACGCGCCGUCGUCGCCGCGCGCGACCGACGGCCCUGAAGGCGACGGCGAAAACGGCGGAAAGGCGACGGCUGGCGAAGGCGCCGAGCGCCGAGAGAGUGGCGGGAAGAAAAAGAAGAAAAAGGACGAUCGAGCUGGACUGUCGGAGGCGGGCAGCGGGCUCAGCACUCCCAGAGAAGGAGGCGACGACGAGGGGACGAAGAAACAGAAGAAAGCAAAGAAGAGUCAAGAAGCCGGCGACGGAGAAAGCAGCGAACCUCCGACGCCGCGAGCGAAGGACGACGGAAAGAAGAAGAAGAACAGGGCGAAGACGAGCGACGCCGCCUCGUCCCGCGAGCCUGCGUCGACUGACGGUAGCGGGGGGGAGGAAAGCGGCAAGGAGAAACAAAAAAGCCCAGAGGCAGGGAGCGAGGCAGGCGAUCCGGCGGCUCCCGCAGAAGGCCAGCCGGGUAACGGCAGAAAGAAAAGUAAAAAAAAGAAGGACAAGGGAGGGGGAGACGCAUCCGAGGCAGGCUCGGUCGCGAGCAGCAGAGACGAGAAGAAGAAAAAGAAGAAAAAAGCAGAUAAAGGCGAGAGCUCCGCGGAGGCGCUGCCCGACUCUGACAGCGGAGAAAAGAAAAAGCAGAAAAAGAAGGCAGAGGGCGAGGGAGAAGACAGCCCCAGAGGCAACGGAGGCGAGGAAGAGAAGAAGAAAAAGAAGAAGAAAAGCAGAGACUGCGACCCUGGCGAGAAGAAGAGCAAAAAGAAAAGCGAAUCGCGCGAGUAA